UACGAUCGAAGGUAAUACCCGAUAGACUUCCCGAAAAUGGCAACGAAAAUAGAAGAUUGGAUGUGUGAAGAACUAGAAAAGCUUGGCAUUCCAGCUUCUCUUGAAAAUGCACAUUACAUUCUAAGUAUUGGAAGUGCAGAAGAUUUAGAGGAAUACAUGUUAGAGCUAUUAGAUGGCAGUGAUCCACGUGUCCAUAAAUUUAUACAUGAACUAUUAAUAAAGUGGGAUCCACCUGAAAAUGGACUUGAAAUUAUACAGGUUUACAGAAAACCUGCCCUAGGAGAUGAGGAUGGGAAUUCAAAGAAAAAAACAGAGAAAUCAAACAAACACACAGACAACCAGAAGAAAGGACUGGUGAAUGGAGCUGCCAAAUCUAAAAGUGACAGUUUUCCAUCUGCCAAGACAAACUCAGCACAGCUUCCUUCCAACGAUCCUAAAAAGAAAAGUAAAUUUGUGCCACUUUAUAGUCAGGAAGGGCAGGAGAAGACUGUUGUUAGAUUACAAGGUCGACAUGCAUGUGAAUGUCAGGCAGCCAAACACAAAUUAAUAAGUAAUUGCACUAGAUGUGGUCGGGUUGUUUGUGAACAGGAGGGAUCAGGACCAUGUUUGUUUUGUGGACAUUUGGUUUGUACAGUAGAAGAACAGGAAGUGAUAUCUCGUGGUUCAAAGAAAAGUGAACAGUUACGACAUCGGUUAAUGAAGGACGCAGAUCGAGUGCAAUAUAUCCGAGAUAAAAAAGACUUCUUACCUAGUUCUAGUUCUAAAAUUAAUGAGGGAUACCAGAAAGCUCUUCAACAUAAAGAUAAAUUAUUAGAUUAUGAUAAAUCAAGUGCAAGAAGGACACAAGUAAUAGACGAUGAAUCUGAUUAUUUUGCUACAGACAGUAAUAGAUGGUUAAGUAAUAAAGAACGAGAAAAAUUACGGAAACGAGAAGAAGAAUUAAGGUCACAACGAUUUGCUUCAAGAAAAGAUAGAAAAAUUACAUUAGAUUUUGCUGGUCGACAAGUGCUAGAAGAAAACAAUACUGUUGAUAUGUAUAAUGUGAAUGAUGAAGUAGUUCAGGAAAUACAAUAUGGUGCUAAACAUAAAAAACAGGCGUUUGUAAACAAAGAGGAAGACUUUGAUUCAAUUACUGGAAUUGUCAAUCCUAAUAUUAAACAGCAUGCACCUCAGUUUGUAGAUGACAAGGUUAGUGGUAAAAAUUCUCCUGCAAAUGUAGCGGGACCAGAAAAAAAGAAACCAGUCAGAAUACAAGACAGAGAGCUGUUACAGAUGUCAGACGAUGGCCAUUGUCUUAGCAUGCAUCAACCAUGGGCAUUAUUGUUGGUCAAGGGUACUAAAAUUCACGAAGGUAGAUCAUGGUAUACACCUAUCCGUGGACGGUUGUGGAUUGCUGCUACAGCUAAGUCACCUUCUCCGCAGGAAACAGUGGAUGUGGAACAGCAAUACAGAUAUUUACUUAAUGACCAGAAGAUAUCAUUCCCUACACAUUACCCAGUAGCUUGUUUGUUAGGUUGUGUUGAUCUAGUUGAUUGCUUACCACAAGACGAAUAUAGAAAAAAGUUUCCAGAUGGAGAGUCGAUAUCACCUUAUGUGUUUAUAUGUGAAAACCCACAAGAAUUAGUUGUUAAAUUUCCAAUCAAAGGGAAACAUAAGAUAUAUAAGUUAGAAGGACAUAUACACCAAGCUGCCAAGAAAGGAUUACGAAGUUCAAGUGAUUAAAAUCUGUGAUAAACAACAUGUUAA